ACUCAUGAUUAAUUUAAAACAGGAAGCUGCAAGCGUACACCAGUCCUGCCAAGUCACCAUGGCUGCAGUAGUGAAGGGAGGGGGUUGGUGUCUCUGUGCACCUGCUUCUGAAAAAGACACACCAGAAGAGAUGCAUCGCCCCAGCCGCACACAGCACAGCUGCAGCCAAAGAUCGCUCUUCUCCAUGGCUUGUGUCAGACAGCUCAUCUUACUUCUUCUCUACUGUGAUGGGAUGAACACUGAAACAACCCUUUCCCCACAGUCUGAUCCUUUAAUUACAACACGAAAAGCUGUAUCCAAAGGUCAAAAUCAAGUCAUUAUUGAAGAGCUCGAAAUCCUGACACCCCAGUAUAUAGAGCUUUUAUGUAACCUAACUGAUAUACCAAAUAACCCUCCGUACAUUACUGGCUAUUGGACUAAAGAUGGACAAGAAAUUGAAAACUCUGAAGAAACUGUAAAUAGAAACAAUGAACAGUAUAUCCUUAAAAAGACUUUCAAUAUACUGGCCAGAGAUCUGGGAAACUAUUCCUGCAUCUUCAGAGAAAAUCAGGCACAAGUCACAUUUGUUUUAGAUGUUCCUGUAAUAAAAGACAAAAGAGACAAGCCAGUAGUGAGUUACAUUGGAGAUUCAGUUGUACUGGAGUGUAAACUCAAACACACACCAAACACCUGGAUCUGGUACAACGCAAACAAUACUGGAAAGGAGCUCAUCAAUGUUACUGCAAACCCUCUGAAAUACAAGAUCUUUAUUUAUGGGAAUAAAACCAAACUGACCGUACUGAAUCUGACUGAAGAGGAUUCUGGGAAGUACAUAUGCAGCGCUGAGUUUGAUAUCAAACCCAGUGAGUCUUACGUAGAGCUGAAGGUCUUGUCGUAUACUGAGCCUCUCAAGCCCUUCAUUGCUAUAGUGGUUGAAGUCAUUGUCCUCGUCACACUGAUUUUGCUCUGGGAAAAAUGCAACAAGCCACAAAAUGACAACAUUUCUGCAGGAGAGAAUGAGCUCUGCUCUGAACAAAUCAGCAAACUCACUCGUGAUGAAAGCAAUGGAGUGGAGAACAACACAGCAAGACAAAGAAAACUGGAGCACUGAGACAUUAUUAUUAUUAAGUGUUAUGAGUUAUUCAUUUUAACAGUUAAAAAAAAAAGGGUUUAUGUAGAAAAACUUUUUAUUCUGCUUUAUAAUCUUGUGGCUUGAAUCAUCAAGUAACAAGCAAUAAGGUUUUUUUGCCUAAACUAAUUCAGUCACAGCAAUAUAUGUAAACAUAUAUUAUAUACCAUUACAUAUACAUACUGUAUAUUACAUUCUCUAUAUUACAUAAAUGUAUAAGGCAUGUUUUCAUAAUCUUCAAUAUAGUAUAUACACUCACCUAAAGGAUUAUUAGGAACACCAUACUAAUACUGUGUUUGAUUCCCUUUCGCCUUAAGAACUGAUUCUAUGUGGCAUUGAUUCAACAAGGUGCUGAAAGCAUGCUUUAGAAAUGUUGGCCCAUAUUGAUAUGAUAGCAUCUUGCAGUUGAUGGAGAUUUGUGGGAUGCACAUCCAGGGCACGAAGCUCCCGUUCCACCACAUCCCAAAGAUGCUCUAUUGGGUUGAGAUCUGGUGACUAUGGGGGCCAUUUUAGUACAGUGAACUCAUUGUCAUGUUCAAGAAGCCAAUUUGAAAUGAUUCGAGCUUUGUGACAUGGUGCAUUAUCCUGCUGGAAAAAGCCUCAG